AUGAAGAUUUCUGGGUUCCGCAGAGCCGCAGUGGCGGUGCUUCUUACUUUCUGCACACACGUAAAAACGAUUCCUACUGAGUGUGAUCCAGAGCUGCUGUGGAUGAUAGAGGAGGAAAAAUGCAACAACACCAUCCACCAAGAAAACCUUAUAAACACUUACUCCACAGGCUGCAGUACAUUAUGGGAUCAUCUGAGCUGCUGGCCACUUACACAGGUGGGAGAGACAGUCGAGAAACCUUGCCCCACAGUCCUCAUGGUCAAAGGGAUUGUAAGCAGAAACUGUACUGAGGAUGGAUGGACGGAGACGUACCCACCAUACGAGCAGGCUUGUGGACACAUCCUGAAUGAUUCACUCUACCUUCCCUUAGAUACAAUGCUGGUGUCACAUGAGUAUUUUAUGUGGGUACAGAUCAUGUAUUCAGUGGGGUACAGCGUCUCCCUGAUGUUCCUUGCUGUUGCUCUUAUUCUGCUCUGUGUGUUCAGAAAACUUCACUGCACCCGAAAUGUUAUACAUAUGCAGCUUUUCCUCUCCUUCAUCCUACGGGCUGCCUUCAUCUUCAUCAGAGAUGCAGUGUUGCAUAAUUCACAGGAUUAUUACCACUGUGACUCUCACCCGCCUGGCUGCAAGGUAGCUUUGUUGGUCUCUAACUAUGCCAUCCUGGCUAACUACAGCUGGCUGUUGGUGGAGGGUCAUUACCUGCAUAGCCUCAUCCACCUGUCCCUGCACUCCCCAAGAAAACGUCUGCACUGGUACAUCACCCUCGGCUGGGGCACACCUAUAUUGAUCAUCGUUUUGUGGGGUGUGGCCAAAUACCUGCAGGAAGAUGAGGGAUGUUGGGAAACAAGAGGCAGUGGUUGGAUCUGGUGGAUCCUAAGAGCUCCUGUCAUCUUUUUUAUUAUAGUGAACAUGGUGUUCUUCCUGAGAAUUAUACUGACGUUAGUGAGCAAGAUGAGAGCUCCAGACAUGAUAGGAAAUGAGUUUAAACAGCACAGGAAGCUGGCCAAGUCCACACUCCUGCUAGUGUCUCUGUUCGGCGUGCAGUAUGCACUCGUUGCUUUUUUCCCGGAUAAAGUCAGCAUCCUCACCUUCCAGAUCUGGAACACUAUUGAGCUUGCUCUGGCCUCCACACAGGGUUUUAUAGUUGCACUCCUCUACUGCUUCCUAAAUGGAGAGGUUCAGCAUGAGAUUAAGAGGCGAUGGCGACGGUGGCGUCUGAAGCAGCACAUUCAUGGCGACUCUAGACUGCGUCAUAGUUCCCUGAGCCACAGUGGCCUACCGCUCACCCAGAUCUCACUGUUAGCCAGAAAUAACAUAUAACACAUGUGCACUUUCUACAUAUCAGUGCAAUCAAAUAAGAUUGCACUAAAUCUCAGUGCAUCAUUCAAUAUAACCUACUGUUCACCAGAUUGAACCAGCACCAGAAAUAAUAUAUUUAAAUCUGUAUUUGCUAGAUGCUACUGGAUCAUUGAAUUAAAUAUGCCAUCAAACACAGAAUCAAGCAUUUGUCAUGGUCACCUUAAUCCCCUAACCUCACACUAUAAAAACCUGUAAGGUAAACUUAAGAGGAGAAUCCACAAAAGAGGACCUAGGAGAAAAGAGAAUCUGAGAAGAUGCCAAUAACUGUGGCACAUUUUUAUUAUUAUUAUUAUGAUUAUUAUUAUUAUUAUGCAUUUUCCCUUUUUCUCCCAAUCCAGUCGUAUCCAAUUACCCUGGUUAUAUAUCUCCUCCACUGCUGCAGAUCCCCACCUUGGUUGAGGAGGGCUGUACCUAACACACUCCCCCUUCAACAUGUGCACUUGCCACCUGCUUCUUUUCACCUGCACUAGGUGGGUUCUCAUAGGGAUCAGUAUCACAUACAUAGUCGUGGGAUCUUCAAAAUGUUUUGGCACUUUUAUAUUUUGGUUGGAAACGGUGAGGGUGGGAGGAGUAGUAAUUGGUCGUGUUUAAGAGACUGAGAGACUUUUAUAAUCCAGAUUUAGCACCAUCUGAUUUCCACUUUUUG